CGAACUACUUUCGACUGGCGUCAAGCCUCAUUGCGUCAUUCGCCGCAAGAGGCGGCUCUCAUCUCCAGCCUCGAUUGUCAGCUGGACCUCCAAUUCCAGCCUGUCCCAUCAGCUCGUCAGCAGCCGCGGUGGGAUUCGAACCUUGGACGUGUGAUGGUCCAGACACGAGCUCAUCGACCACUCGACAACACACUUUUGAAGGCAAAGCCUGAAGCUUGCUUCAACAGUUGUCUUAGCGCCAUCAAGACGGAGUUCAAGGCCCGGCAGUUGAUUCAUCCUGGCCCAGUGGAGGACAGUCGUGAAUUGGCCCAUCUUGUAAUUGAGGCCGAAGCAGUUGCUGGCUCAAUGGGCAGCAAUUUUGGUGAAUCCGUGAUGAGUUUUCGGGGAAUUGUUUAUUAUGAAAAACUCCACGCAAAACAGAAUAAGCAAAGAAGGGCUAUUAUUUGUUGUCUUUCUGGCGAAUCAUCAUUUCUCGGAUAUGCAAAAGCUCAUCACGAAAGUAUUCGCAUCAUUAAGACAGUGCUUAGACGACCUUUUUCGUACACUCGAACAACCAAUUAA